UUGGUUAUCCUGAAAAGUGUAAAUAUACAAGUGACAGAAAUUUAUUCUCUUAACCUCCUUCUCUGAAAGUCAACUUUCUUGUAGAGUAUUUUUGCUCUGAAAAUCGCAGAAAAUGUCUCUAGAGGAAAGACCGAUAAAAGUUUCAAAACAGUUGAAGAUGAAGGCCCAAGAAUUUUUGACCUCUAGAAACACGGAAAGUUUGAUAGAUAUCUUGAAUCACUUCAAGUCUGGAUACCAAGCACAAUGUUUAGUAACAUUGGAAAUGAUAUUCACAACUCUCCUCAAAGAAAAACAGAUGUUUAUAGAGAUUGUUCCGUUGAAACCCGUUGAAAAUACCAUAGAAAAUCAACGUAAGGAAUGGCUGAGAAAUGUUUAUGAGGAGUUUUUUACAGAAUGUUUGCAAUGUUGUGAACAUAAUUCUUACAAAAUUCAAACGCAAGGAUUGUGUACAGCUAUGAGUCUAAUAGCCUGGGAAGGAAAGUACCCCCUAGAACCCAAAGGAUCAUUGGAUAAUUAUGUUCCUUUAACAAAACUGAAAUAUGUUCUCAUGAGAAUUCUCUCCAAUAAACAAAAUAAUACACAUUUAAUUAGUAAAUACACUGAAUAUUUGCAGUUUGAUGAUAUAUUAUUUUUCACCUGGAAGAUUUUACCUUCACUUACUGCAAAGUGUAACCCAAACGAUGUUUACAUUAUGAAUUAUCUUCUUUUCUUGGAAAAGUUGCAGAUUUAUCCGAAUACUGAAACCAAAAUUUUGUGCGGUAUCGAGAACUGUGCUCCAUUCUUUACAUUUGAUGAAGCUUCAACAAGUAAGUGCUUAAACAAAGUUUGGCAUUGCGUAAUGCAUUGGGAGCAUACUCCGCAAACCCACAAACAAAUGCUGUUAGUCCUACUAGAAAGAGUUCUUGUUCAUCUAGAAAAGCCUCUUCUUCUCACUGAUUUUCUAAUGGAUUCCUUGGACGUUGGAGGACCUGUCAGCCUUCUUGCACUUCAGGGUAUCUUCACGAUGAUACAAACCCAUAAUUUAGAUUAUCCGAAUAUAUUCGCUAAACUGUAUUCAAUGUUUGAACCAGAAAUAUUUCACACGAAGUACAAAGCCAGACUGUUUCAUUUGUCUGACUUGUUUUUGAGUUCCACACAUUUGCCAGAAAACUUGGUAGCAGCAUUUGUUAAAAGGAUGGCGAGAUUGGCUUUGAUAGCACCAUCAGAGGAUAUAAUAAUCAUAUGUAACUUCAUUGGGAAUUUAAUAUUGAGACAUCCUGGUCUGAAAUGUUUAUUAAACAACACAGAAAGCAAUACAGCCAAUACUGAUACCUACGUAAUGGAAGAACGAGAUCCCUUGAAAUCCAACGCCAUCAGCAGUUCUCUUUGGGAAAUCAAAACUCUACAAAAUCAUGUUCAACCAAGUGUUGCAAACGCAGCGAAAUUCAUGAAUUCACCUUUACCCAGCAUAGAACGGGAUCUCUCCAAGAUUUUGGACAAUACUGGUGAUGAUAUAUUUGAUAAGGAAGUGAAAAAGUUCAGUAAGCUUAUAAUCCUGCAGUUCGAAAAACCUACAGCUGCUUCCUUUGGAAAAGGAGACAAGGUUAUGCAAUAUUGGGAUUUGUAAGAAGUAAUUGUUCUGCUUGAUGUGUUCAGUUGAAAUUAUUUACUGCCGGUGAAGUAAAUUACAUUGUGAUUAAAACCUAGACGCAGACAGGUGUGAGAAAUUGUAUUGAUGGUUACUUUAACAUUGCAGUUUAUCACAUGCGUACCCAAUCACAACACUUUUAUUUAUUGAGUAUUUUCGUUUAACAUCCAGCUUUUAUAGGCAGAUAUAUCGGUUUAGAGUAGAGUAACUCUACUGAAUACAUCAAACUGGUCUGUUGAGUUUUCCAUUGAUAUAUCUUUUCAUGAAAAGAAACAUUCUUUGAUUAAAUAUAAUCAAUUUUUAUUUUUUCCAUUUCCUAAUAGACGAGUGCAGCAAAAAGAUGUUUUGAAAGGUAUAUAUAUGUACCUAAUUAUAAUCUACUUAAUUAUGUAAAUUUGGGCAUCUUCUAUUUCAAUCAUGUUUUUUUUAUAUGAUAAUUCGACUGUUCAAACAUGAAUUAACCAAAAAUGGGUGCCACAGUCGUGUAACUCCAGUACACUGCCUCAUGUAUUGAAAGUAAGGGUGUGUUACUGGAAUGUUAAGGGUGGAGAUAAAUAUCUCACACCUGACAUCAAAAUAUUUGACAAAUCUUGGAUCCACGUUCUGUCAAAUCUAAUAAUGAAGAAAUUUUUUUUUCAUUAUUCUCAUAUAUUUCUAACAUAAAUCUGAAUAUAAUUUUUAUUUUAUGGGACUAAUUGAACAUUUUUGUGACUAGCUACAGAUAGAUAGGGAGCUAAAAGUUUUAUGAAUACUCAUAGUCACAGCGACUUAUUCUCAACUUAUUAGUGAAAUAUUACAAUCUAAUUGUUGAUAACUGUUAAUUGACAUAUUUUCAACUCCAUGUAGUAUCGAAAGUAUUCUGAUAAUAGUUUGUUACAUUCUACCAUUUUUCAUAUUAUUAUUCAAAAUGGGUGGCACAGAGAGCUAGUUGACAGAUGCCAUUUACCGUUUACAAGAAUAUAUAGUGAAAUCCUGCAAGCAUUAGCAAAUAUGUGUUUCUGCUGCCCCCUUCCCAAUAUGUCACUUCAUAAAGGGAGAAAUUAUUUGAGAAAAAAAGUAUUUGUGAACUUUCAAAGUUUUCCUAAAAACUUGCGAGUUACAUUGAAGGAAACUCACUCUUCCCAGUGAAUUAUGAAUAAUUUUGAAAUUCUAUUCAUAUCAUUUUGAACAAGAAAUAAAUAAAUACUUUCCAGAAAAUAAUAAAUUUCACACGUAACAUUUAAACGCGUCUUGAAAAACACACUGAUGUGAUGAAUAUUUCAUUAUGAAUGCAAAUAAAUGCCUUCAUUAAUGCAUCUCACUCUUCUUCCAUUGGUAUCUUCAUGAAAAGUUCAUGUUUGAAUUAACUCAAAUAUUUCCCAACAAAACUAUUAACAUACAAUCUGAAAUUAUCUUCCUAUUAAUUAUCUGUAAAAACUUUUCAAAAAGUUUCUAUCGCCAUUUGAAUGUCAGAUAUUCGUAUCUCCAUUUUUUAAAAAAGCGAUAACAGAUUUGAGAUCUAGGAGAAGAUGGAUGAAUGAUAUUUUGAAAAUACUUGUACUGAAAUAUUACGCUAGUUUGUUUGAAAUAUUGAAAAUAGGAUUCAGAAAUAUGAAAAAAAUUAAUGAGUCUAAAAAGUGAAAAUAUAAAAAACUAAUAUAUUAAGAAAACUAAUUUUUUUGACUUAAAAUGGAAAUGCCUCAAUAAUAUCGGUUGCUAAAAUGACAGUAAUGUGAAAGUGAAAAUAAAAAUUAGUUUGGACUUCCAUUGCCUAAUAUGAAAUAAUAUGAUUUGAAAUCCC